AUGCAGCUUUCCGCCAGGCUCCUGCGCGUCCUCGCCUUCCUCCUUGCCGCCCUGCCGUCGUACGCGGACUCGGCCGCCGCGAUCGGCACGGCGCGUGGCGGCGACGACAGUCCGUCCCCGCCGUGCUCGCCGGCGGACCGGGCGGCGCUGCUGGGCUUCAAGGCGGGCGUGUCCGUGGACACGACGGGCAUCCUGGCGACGUGGGCGGGCAGCGACUGCUGCGGCGCGUGGGAGGGCGUGACCUGCGACGCCGCCACGGGGCGGGUCGUGGGGCUGCAGCUGGAGGCGCCGCCACCCAAGUCGCGGCACUACAUGCAGGGCGCGCUGUCGCCGUCCCUCGGCGGGCUCGAGUUCCUGGAGUCCCUGGUGGUCCGCGACAUGGCCAGGAUCGGGGACGCCAUCCCGGCGGCGCUGUCGCGGCUGCCGCGGCUCAGGCAGCUCUACCUUGAGGGCAACAUGCUGUCCGGGCCCGUCCCGGGGAGCCUCGGCGGGCUGCGGUCGCUCCAGUACCUGUCGCUCGCGGGCAACCGGCUGGACGGGCAGCUGCCGCCGGAGCUCGGUGCCGUCUCCGGCCUGGAGCAGAUCAACGUCGCCCGGAACCGCUUCUCCGGCGCGGUGCCUCCGAGCUACGUGAACCUGUCUAGGCUGGCGUACCUUGAUCUCGGCAGCAACCUCUUCUCCGGCGCCGUGCCCGGGUUUCUUGGCCAGUUCAGGAACCUGGCCUUGCUGGACCUCAGCAACAACAGCUUCUCCGGCGAGAUACCGGCCUCGCUCUGCACCCUGCACAGCCUGACGGAUCUGUCGCUGAGCCAUAACAAGCUCGGUGGCCAUAUUCCGCCGCAGAUGGGCACCCUCCGGUCUCUGAACUCUCUGGCCAUGGAUGGCAACAUGCUUGUAGGCUCCAUUCCGGCAUCACUCCUCGGCCUGCAGAAGCUGUGGUACAUGAACCUGUCAGGAAACGGGCUCUCCGGUCCACUCCCCACCGGUGCUGGUAACGCCUUGCCUUCCAUGGUAUCCAUGGACCUCUCCCACAACCGUCUCACCGGUGACAUUGACCAGCUGUUCAGAAGCUUGUCGACAGCAGCUAGCCACGGCAACAGGACUACUACUCCACAGAUUGUUCUUGCCCAGAAGCUAGAGCACCUGGACGUGUCGAAGAACAAGAUCACCGGUGCACUGCCUGACUUCGCCCGCGGCGCCGGGCUCAGGUGGCUUGACAUCUCGAGCAACGCCAUCGGCGGCCAGAUACCGAGCUCGAUCUCCAAGCUGAGCGGCCUGGAGAGGCUGGACGUGUCCAGGAACCGCGUCAGGGGCACCAUCCCUGCGUCCAUGGCGGAGAUGGUGCGCCUGCGGUGGCUGGACCUGUCGACGAACGAGCUCGUCGGGAGGAUACCGGACAACUUCACGAGACUGACGGGUGUGCGGCACGCGAGCUUUAGGGGCAACAGGCUGUGCGGGCAGAUACCGCAGGCCAGGCCGUUCAACCUGUUCCGUGCGGCCGCGUACGAGCACAAUCUGUGUCUGUGCGGCAAGCCAUUGCCGCCGUGCAGGAAGAUACGGUGA